AUGCCUACUCUCAACUGGAUCAAGAAUCUACUGCCACUGGGUCCACCCGACGCGCAGAAGAUGAUCACGAAAGCGUAUCAGAACCGACUCAGGAACGAAAGUCUCCCCAUAUACAAGCUUCCACCCGAGGUUCUCGUUAAAAUCUUCUUCUUCUGCCGCGAGAUAAGCUGGGAACCCGUGGAUUCGGUUGACGAGGUCAAACAGGGUGAACUCCUCAACACCAACAACCCCGAUCGUGCCACUGUCGAAAGUCUCGCAAAGUACACCUGGCGCUGGCCCAAAGUCGCUCAUGUGUCUCAUCACUGGAGAGCUGUGGCCAUUGGAUGUCCCACAUUGUGGUCUGAGUUUCAUUGGUUCGACUUUGCCCACACUGGCUGGAUGGAAGAGAAAUUGGCGAGAACCCAAGCCGUCCCGGUGAGCUUGCAGAUUCCGUACUGCUUGCAUUAUAAGUUGGCCGCUAUCCUCUUCGUUGCCGCCCAUCGCAUGAAGUCUUUGGAUAUUCAGUUUGUCUGCGAGCGCGGUGACAAGUUCGCUGAAGAGGUCAAGGUGUAUUCUGAGGGUAUGCCAAUGGACGUUCUAGAAUCCCUGGAAAUCUGCGGGUACAAUGCCACAGAUGAUACGGACGAUUAUGCCCUCCCUGCAGACUUUUUGGAUGUGUCCACCCCAAACCUCCGCUCACUUAAGUCUUACUGCGCGCUGCCAUGGGACGCCAGUUUGCUCCAAGUUGGAAGCUUGACUUCGCUGGAUAUGUCGUCCACCCACUCGCCGACCGCAGAACAGGUCUUCAACAUCUUCAAGGCUGCGCCUAAGCUCACCUAUGUUAAGCUUAGCUCACGGCUGCCCGCUUACGACGCGUUUGCGCUUUAUAGUCGAACAUCGCACGAGAGGAUCUCCCUCCCUCACCUCGAAUAUUUCGAGGUCGAAACCAGUCAUUUGGAAUCGUGCAGUGGCCUCUUCAAGAACAUUAUCAUCCCGCGUUCCGCUACAGUUAUCGUCCGAACCGAUGAAGCUAUUACAUCUGCCACACGAGAGAACCCUAUCAAGUCCAUUUACGCCAGCUGGGUCGAGGCAAACAUCCUCCCCGAAGUCCUUCAAUUCGUCAAAGCGUUACGUUCCGCUUGGUUCGCUACGAUCGACAACGCCACCUAUAAAUGGCUCGAAUUCAGCCUCGAAGCGUCUGAAUGGAGCCAGGAGUAUUUCGAGCAACCUGUCUUUCUCGACAACAACGCUGAGCAGCUCGUCAAAGUUAUCUGGCUUGCUUGCGAGGCAUCCUUGGAAGAGUGGGAAUGGAAGAAUGAAUGCAAGCGAUGGGUCCCGCCUAUGACGAUGACGAUGAAACUUGUUUGA